UAAUAGAAUCAUGUUAGUUUAUAAUUCCUAAUUAUGAACUUGCUUUGUUCCUCGUUGCGUUGUAACAUUAGGCAACAGGUAGGUACAAUCGCCUGAUCGAACUUAAAUCCUAAAUGCACCCGAACGCCGCAGCUAUUAGUAUGCCAACCAGCCAUGAAGUACCAACAACUGGUGAUAAUCUUUGCGGUGAUCUCUGCGCUCAUGCAACCUACCGAACCAGCACGUCUCAAUGGUAUCCAAGCCGGAUUAGGGGAGGAACGUCGCAGCUCCCUCUUCGUCAAUCGGAUCGGACAAUGCGAGGGCUUCCAGCACCUACCGGUUUUCAUACCGGACAGCAAAAUCGCCCAAUUAAACGGCACCCAUUAUGUGACUAGCGGAAUAUUGGUGUUUCACAGGGCAUACGAGGGCAAUUUGAGUGGCUCUGUAUGGAUCGAAAAGUGCAACACUACCAAGCAUUGUAAACCAUUCACUAGAACAAUUCCUAUACCCGAUGCGUGCGCUUAUCUGGAGGCAGUGGAUCCUGAAUUGGUGGCCAUCCAGAAUCAUUUCAAGCCCCCGUUUCACUGUCCAUUCAGAACGGGAGUCUUCAGAUUCAAUGACCUCCUAACGGACAACACGUUGUAUCUUUAUUUGUCACCGCACGUCUCAAACGAUUGGCGCGUAAUCAUCACUGGAUCGUACAACGAUAAAAUGAUAUUGUGUCUAAGCAUGGAAGUGAGCAUUUACGACUGGGAAGAAAUGCUAGUGAAGACCAUGUAUCAGUGA